AUGCACUGGGUGGGAGCGGACCACAAUGCACUGGGUGGAGCGGACCACAAUGCACUGGGUGGAGCGGACCACAAUGCACUGGGUGGAGCGGACCACAAUGCACUGGGUGGAGCGGACCACAAUGCACUGGGUGGAGCGGACCACAAUGCACUGGGUGGAGCGGACCACAGAUUAGGACCCCCAUACACUCCUGAAGCUCCCAUACACUCUGGAGCCCCCAUCAACUCUGGAGCCCCCAUCCCCUCUGGAGCCCCCAUCCACUCUGGAGCCCCCAUCCCUCCGGAAGCCCCCAUCCACUCUGGAGCCCCCAUCAGCUUUGGAGCCCCCAUCAACUCUGGAGCCCCCAUCCACUCUGGAGCCCCCAUCAACUCCGGAAGCUCCCCAUUCACCCUGGAGCCCCCAUUGUUGAGGAGCCCCCAUCCAGAUGUGGCCCCCAUCCACCCGGAAGCCCCCAUACACUCCGGAGCCCCCAUCAACUCUGGAGCCCCCAUCAACUCUGGAGCCCCCAUCCACUCUGGAGCCCCCAUCCACUCUGGAAGCCCCCAUCCACUCUGGAGCCCCCAUCAGCUUUGGAGCCCCCAUCAACUCUGGAGCCCCCAUCCACUCUGGAGCCCCCAUCAACUCCGGAAGCCCCCAUUCACCCUGGAGCCCCCAUUCACCCAGGAGCCCCCAUCCAGUGCUCCGUGGCCCCAUCCACUCCGGAACCCCAACACUCCGGAGCCCCUAUCAACAUCUGGAGCCCCCAUCAACUCUGGAGCCCCCAUCCACCCUGGAGCCCCCAUCCACUCUGAAGCCCCCAUCCACUACGGAGCCCCCAUCAUCUCCGGAAGCCCCCAUUCACCCUGGAGCCCCAUCCACUCCGGGAGCCCCAUCCACUCUGGAGCCCCCAUCAUCUCCGGAAGCCCCCAUUCACCCUGGAGCCCCCAUCCACUACGGAGCCCCCAUCAUCUCCGGAAGCCCCCAUUCACCCUGGAGCCCCCAUCCACUCCGGAGCCCCCAUCCACUCCGGAGCCCCCAUCCACUCCGGAGCCCCCAUCAACUCUGAAGCCCCCAUCAACUCCGGGAGCCCCAUCCACUCCGGAGCAUCCCAAUCAUAACUACCGGGAGCCCCCAUCCACUCCAGAGCCCCCAUCCACCCUGGAGCCCCCAUCCACUCCGGAGCCCCCAUCCACCAAGCCCCCAUCCACUCCGGAGCCCCAUCCACUCCGGAGCCUCCAUCAACUCCGGGAGCCCCCAUCCACUCCGCCCCCAUCCACCCGGAGCCCCCAUCAACUCCGGGAUCCCCCAUCCACUCGGAGCCCCCAUCCACUCCGGAGCCCCCAUCCACUACCGGAGCCCCCAUCCACUCCUGGAGCCCCCAUCCACUCCGGGAGCCCCAUCCACUCCGGAGCCCCCAUCAACUACCGGGAGUCCCCAUCCACUCCAGGAAUAUCCCCCAUCAACUCCGGGAGCCCCCAUUCACCCUGGAGCCCCCAUCAACUCCGGGAGCCCCCAUAUUAUAAUUCAGAUGGAUCCGGAGCCCCCAGAGACUCCCCCAUCCAUCAGCCCCCAUCAACUCCGGGAGUCCCCAUCCUUCCGGAGCCCCCAUCCAUUAUAACCGGAGCCCCCAUCCUUCAGGGAUAUCCCCAUCCACUGUGUCCGGAGCCCCCAUCCACUCCGGAGCCCCCAUCCACUCCGGAGCCUCCAUCCACUCUGGGAGCCCCCAUCCACUCCGGGAGCCCCCAUCCACUCCGGGAGUCCCCAUCCACAAACAUCCUCCACCUUGUUCCCCUGUUCCCAGCCUCUCCUACCCCCAGCGUCCUCCACCUUGUUCCCCAGUUCCCCGUGUCUCCUACCCCCAGCCUCCUCCACCUUGUUCCCCAGUUCCCAGCCUCUCCUACCCCCAGCCUCCUCCACCUUGUUCCCCAGUUCCCAGCCUCUCCUACCCCCAGCGUCCUCCACCUUGUUCCCCAGUUCCCCACGUCUCCUACCCCCAGCCUCCUCCACCUUGUUCCCCAGUUCCCAGCCUCUCCUACCCCAGCCUCCUCCACCUUGUUCCCCUGUUCCCAGCCUCUCCUACCCCCAGCCUCCUACACCUUGUUCCCCAGUUCCCAGCCUCUCCUACCCCCAGCCUCCUCCACCUCGUUCCCCAGUUCCCAGCCUCUCCUACCCCCAGCCUCCUCCACCUUGUUCCCCAGUUCCCAGCCUCUCCUACCCCCAUCCUCCUCCAUCUUGUUCCCCAGUUUCCAGCCUCUCCUACCCCAGCCUCCACCACCUUGUUCCCCAGUUGCCAGCCUCUCCUACCCCCAGCCUCCUCCAUCUUGUUCCCCAGUUCCCAGCCUCUCCUACCCCAGCCUCCACCACCUUGUUCCCCAGUUGCCUGGCUCUCCUCCCCCAGCCUCCUCCACCUUGUUCCCCAGUUCCCAGCCUCUCCUACCCCCAGCCUCCUCCACCUUGUUCCCCUGUUCCCAGCCUCUCAUAGCCCCAGCCUCCUCCACCUUGUUCCCCAGUUCCUAG